CAAUAUUUGGAACUAUUUAACGUGCCGCUCACUGUAUACUUUCGUAAUUGCACUUUUUAGUGUAAAGUAGUUAGGGGGGCGGGGGCGCCCUGGCUUGCAAUAUACCCACGUCGGAACUGUCAACUGGGAAUCCUGAAAAAUUCUGAAAAAUGCAGUGAUGUCACUACGGAGCCACCACACGGGACGGGAAAGGCUCAACCAGCUGGGGAGGAGAAUAAUAUGAAGUGGCCGCAGGAACAUGUCACCAGAGCCUGGUGUUCCUAAAGAAUGCAGACCCAUGAAGUCAAAGCUCUUCCUCCUAAAUCGCCUCAUCACGCAGAAGGAGAUGACCAACAGCGGCCGGCAGAUGGAAGGCUUCACGGGUUGCAGACAGACAUCACCAAAGUCAAAUCGGACCUGAACAAUGCCCACGGGUGUAUAAAACUCUUACUCACCCAAGUGGCUGAGAGGGACAAAGUGAUCAACAAUCUAAAUCAUGCACUUCAUGGACCCCAGGACGUCGCUUCGGAAGCUCAAAACGACACCAAUAAGAAACUGAUCGCCUAUCUUACCCUUCAAGUCGGGUACCUCCAAGAGAGCAACAAAAUACUGGAGCAGAAGCUGGAGGAACUGCAACACAAAUCUUCCACCGAAGCGGCCGACCUCUCCCUGAAGAACAUCCAACUGUGUCAAGAGCUGACGCAGAAGAACGACAUCAUGCAGAAGACCAAGAUGGACAAGAAGAGAGUGCUGGAUAUCGCUUACCGGAACUUGUCUGCUUCCAAAGAAGUCAUUAUAAGUCAGCAGGAAGUCAUUAAAGAUUUAGAGGAGAACCUUUUAAAAAUCAGAGCGGACCCCCUUGAGACCAGUUCAAGUAGUUUACUGAGAUUAGAUCGGAUUGUCGACCUGGAAAAUGCCGUCCAGAAGCUGGAGCGAGAGCGGUUGGAGCUACGUGCACAGCUCUUGCUGCUGAGGGACGGAAAGUACUAUGCAGAGCCUGCCGAGCGGCACCGGGACGGUAGGAAGGAGACAAAGCGGAGAAAAGCAACCCGUGCUCAAAGUCAACUGCAGGGGGCGCCAAACAACCGCCAAAGGGAUCUCACCGGCCUUCCAAAACAGCUGGAUGAAGCCCAAGAAAGCGUUGUGAGAGAGAACAUGAGGUUACAAGAUGACCUAACCACACUGACCAAAGAGAAGCAAGCUGCACAAGCCGGGAUGGAAGUGGUUUUGCGUGAGCGGGAUGAACUCAAGAUAAGCGUGCGCUCUUAUAUUAAUGCCAUGUACAGGAUCGAGGAUGUGCUGAGGACAAAGGAUCAGGAGAAUUUUGAGCUGGUGGAGCGCCUGCAAGCGGCGGAAUCGGACUUGCAAGCGCGGGAGCAGAGGCUGCUGCAGGUGGAAGGUCUCGUCGGCGCCAUCGGCGUGGACCUGCGCAAAGCCCAGGAAGGGCCGGCUGCGAUCCUUUCCGACCUGGCUUACGUCCGAGAGCUCUGCGCCAGACUGGACACGGACAAGGAGCUGGCCACCUGCGAGCUUACGUCCAAAAGCGUGGAGCUCGCCAUGGUUAAAAAGGAGCUGGAGAGUGAGAAGGCCACCGUGCGCAACCUCGAGACGCUGCUUGCCGCUGCUCUUCAGAAGGUCAGCGACAGAGAAGCCAAGCUGAGGGCGCUACGAGACAGACUCACCCCAGCUCAGAAUAUGACCGGCGACUGCAACCGUGCGAGAGAGACCAAUCAUCAAGUACCUCAGUGACGGACGGAGCCCAGCGACCGAACGAACGCGGGAUCCACCGGGGAGCAGACUUGGAUUUGGAUUCAAAUAGGCAAAAUGAGACUAUUCCCAUACGUGGACACCUCUGUGAAUUUCCUGAGCACUGGCUACCCCGUCACUCAAUGUAUAGAGUCCCAUUUGAUAUAUAUAUCUAUAUAUUUAUAUAUUAUUUAUUUUUAGAGUCCCUAGAUUUUAUAAACAACUCAGCCGUAUAUUUGGCUCCAAUAGUAUAA